AUGCUCUCGUAUGUUAGUUUGUCAUUCUGAGUUUUUAACCUUGCCAAGGUUAUGCUGAAAUUCCUAUAGAGCGGUCCAUUUUCUGGAGUUUUGGUUGCACUCCAUUGCAAUCUCAACCUGAGGAGUCAUGAAAGUAUCGAGGUAUUAAGAUACUUUGCAUGCUUUGUUUUUGUUACUUUAUUUACCUCAUUGCUUUUGUUGUCUGCAAUCUCAUCCCCCUCUUGUUCUGCAUCUCAUCUUACAAUCAUGUCUGCCCCCGAUGCCUUCUGCAUACUUCCUGAUUCUCUUGUUGCUUUCAUACUAUCAAAAAUGACAAUAACUGACGCUGUCAAAUCUUCUAUUCUUUCCAAGAGAUGGAGGUUUGUUUACACUCAAAUGCCUCAAAUCACUUUCUAUCCACAUCAUUUUUUGCGGCCUGGUGUCACUCCCCGCGAUCCAUGUCCUGUUUUGGGGUCAAGAGUUGGGAAUAUUAUUUCCAACAUCCUGCUUGGGCAUUCGCACAAUCUAGAGGGACUUCACCUCCACAGCUCGGACUCAGAUUGGCUGAACUUCUCUGAUGAAAAUGUGUGUAAAUGGGUAAGACAUGCAUCUCAGUGCAAUGUCCAACAUCUCACUCUGCGUAAUCACAACAAUAUUAUUGAUCGUACAACUUAUCCACCUGCUGUAGAUCCAAUACCGCCCCCUGCUCUCUUUAAAUGUUCGCGUCUGGUAACAUUUUAUCUGGAUAAGUAUAAUCUCACCAGAUUCCCAAUUGAUUUCGUUGGAUUCCCCAACCUCAAUACUUGUCACCUCCGAUAUGUUAAAUUCACAGAUGAAUCUUUAGUCUCCUUGAUUUCGCUCUGUCCCUGUCUGCAAAAACUUGAAAUAAUCUUAGAUAAUUGGCUAGGUAAUGUCAUAAUCUUUUCGUCAACUCUUGAACAUUUGAAUAUAAGUUUUGUAAAGUCUCUAUCUGUUAACUGCCCCAAAUUUAGAAAUCUGUCGGCGGCAUGGAUUGAUGAUUUAAGUGUAAAUGGUGUCCCGUUCUAUGAGCUUUCUAUGAACGACACCUUUCAUCUUGAAAUGCACUGUGGAGGUACUCUGAGGGAAUUGAACAUGAAUUGCUUAGGUGGCAUUCUUGCACCUCUUCCAGGAGUUGUUUCAGCAAGUAGAUUUCUUCACAUUGUGGGCAACUUCCAGUCCCUGAAGAAACUUGUCAUAAACCUGACUUAUCCCUGGAAAAUGUUAGAAAGCGAAGCAGGUAUGGAUGUUCCUCUAUUGGACCUACUUCACAGGCUUCCGAAUCUUCAGACGCUCUCUAUGUUGGGCUUCUUUGUUGAGGAGUUGGCAAGAGGUCCUAUACCUGAUUGCCUCACCUCUCCACAUGUUAACCUCAAGAAAAUACGCCUACAAAUUAUUCAGUUUGAUGACAAAGAAGUUGCAGUAAUAAGUUGCUUGCUUCAGAGUAUGCCCUCUCUCGAAGCAUUCGAAAUUAAGCUACCUUAUGAAUGCGAUGAAAAUGAGAGUGAAUAUGAGGGUCAAUGUUUGAAGCUGUUUAAAGAUAUUAUGAGUCUGAGGAGGGCAUCCUCACUAGCAAGGAUAAUUGUACUGGAUAAAUGCUCCAAGUAGUAGGCUGAAAAAAAUAUGGACCUUGAACUGCAUAACUUUGUGUCCUCUGUAAUACCCUGUUUAUGUAUAAUAUUGGUGAUCCUGUAACACUUUGGGUGAACAAGGUUGGUCCUUACAACAAUCCACAAGAAACAUAUAAUUACUACAGUCUACCCUUCUGUCAUCCUGGAAAUAACCCUACACACAAGUGGGGUGGACUUGGAGAGGUUCUGGAGGGAAAUGAGCUUAUUGAUAGUCAGAUUGAGAUUAAAUUUGGAAAAAAUGGUGACAGGAGCAAAAUAUGCAGCCUUGAGCUUAAUAAUGACAAGGUGCAGAAGUUCAAAGAUGCCAUUGAGAACAUGCAUUGGUCCGAAUUUUUCAUGGAUGAUCUGCCUCUCUGGGGAUUUGUGGGAGAAAUACAUCCUGACAAGAAAGAGGAUCAAAAGCAUUUACUUUACACCCAUAAGAGCCUUGUUGUAAAAUCAAAUAAGGAUCAGAUAAUUCACCUGAAUCUUACUCAGGAAAAUCCUCAGCCUCUGAUACCUGCAAGCACAUUGGAGCUUACAUAUUCUGUCAAAUGGGUUGAUACCAAUGUAACCUUUCCUAGGCGAUUUGAUAUCUAUUUGGACCAUCCUUUUUUUGAGCAUCAGCUUCCAUUCAAUGGCUGGUGUAGCCCACUUCAACGUACAGGUCGAGGCACAAAAAUGGAGAAUUUUUUGCUUUCAUCUUGAUGAAGAGUAUGAUCAGCAAAGUUGAUGCAAAGAAAACCCUACCGUGGCUCACCUUGGAAGUCGGCAGCUAACUCAUCAUUUUGGGAUUUUGCCUGUACACAGUCUCAAUUAAUCCACAUGCUCUAUUCUAUGAUCAAAAAGGCUUGAAGUAGAAAAUAAGCAUUAUCUUUCUUUCUUUGCAAAAUCUGGUGUUUUAAUUCUUUGAAAGGAAAAUUUGAUUUACCUGAAAAUGCUAUGAAGGUGGUUUAUUUCUGACUUUUUGUAACUACAAAACUAAUUGACAAGAGUAAUCUUCAUUAAAGGCUACAUACCUUGUCCAAAAUCAUCUCAACAACAGCAUCUAAAAGAUUCAUGUCUGAUUCAGUUAGAAUAGCUAUCACCAUUUGUUUCACCUGUUAGCAUUCACACCAAAACGACUUGAUUUUGUCAGCAAGAAAGAAGAACUAGGAUUAUCCAGCUUGCUUAAAGAAAAUGUAAAGCUCAUUUGUCUGUUGAAGAAAAAGAAAGUUGCAUGCUUAAGAAUAUGAGAAACAAAGAGCAUUUGAACUAUUCAAUCUAAACAUGUUUACCAAUUGCACAAAGAAAAGGCAUUCUUACCAGUGUCUUUGUAAAAUGCACUCAUGCAUUGGCAUCUACUUCGUCAAAUGUCUGUAAAUGCAUGAGAGGACUAACUUACAUGCACUGUUAUUUCUCCUUAGAUAUUUUCAUUAAGACAUUUUUAUUAAAAGGGUUGAAACAUUGAAAUAAUGGAUUGUAUAGAGUCCUCAUCUAGUGUUGUUCAUAUUGGAAUAGUUGAUAUACAUGGUGUUGCUGACUCAGUUAAUCUUGUUCCAGAAUUUUGGCACAGAUUCAACUUGUUUCCGUAUUUAAAGAGAAAAUCAAUAACUAAUUGAGCAAGAAAUAUUCAGUCAUCAACAAUAAUUUUCCUAGCUAUAUUUUUUUAGGGCUUUUGGAUAUACUUGAAUGUAAAUAAUUACCAGUCUAUUUGCCACUUCCAAGCAGAAUAUCUCUAUCUUUGAUUUUUGACAUCUUAUUUUUGAUUUUAUGCUGCACAUCUUUAACUCUGCAACUAUCUACAUAGAAUUUACAUGCAGAACAACUGUCUAUGGAAACACACCACCAACAAAUGUCUGUGUAAAUUUGAGGUUUGUCUUAAAAAAAAAAAUGCCUUCUUCAAAGUCUUUGCCAGGCCAGACGUCAAAUGACAGCCAUAGAUGUUGAUGUGAAAGCUCUCACACGCAAUAUAUAUAGUUAAUUCUCUAAUGCCCUAGUCAUCCGUCAUCUAUGCCCUAUGGUGAUCCCUAGGAAUUUUGGGAAUCCAAAGUCUUGUUAUGUAGAAGUAGCUGAAAGUUUUUGUCAGUUCUUUCAUGGGGAGUCAUGCGUUCUCUUACAUUAGUAAUUGUGAAUACUCUAUAUCAUCCACUCGAUGCCUGCCAAAAAUAGUUUUCAACAGUGAAUUGUUAAUUGUCGAUCAAUUUUUUGCAUAAACAUUGCAAAAUGAAAAAAAUCUUCAAUUUUGAAAGUUAAAUAUACAAAAUAUUUUAGCAAGUAUUUCAAUUGUCUUGGGUUUAUAAAAAUACUCUUAAAAUUUUAGUGACAAUGUUUGAGGAUAUACUGUCUGAGAUUCAGUAAUCAUGUUUGGACUGUGUUGACAAUGAAUGGGAUAGUUCACUCUGAAUUCCAUUACUGGAAUUUAGAAGUUUAUCCUUUCCUAUGCAAAGGUUUCAGUGACCACAUUUGAAAUGAGCUGAUGAUAAAUGAGUUAGCUCACUUCAAAUGCCAACACUAGAAUUUACAAGAAUUAUAUUUAGAAACUCUAAUAAGAUGGCAAGAGAGAUUAAUCAUUCCAAUUGCUUUGGCCAGAUGGUACAAGUAGAAUGCCUAAUACCACUUUUUUAGUUUUAUUUGUUUGGACUCAGCUCAUAGUAAAUCAAGUGGCUAUCUUGAAAUGUCAAUGCUGAAAGUUAUAGAAAUAUAUCCUAAACCAUGUGUAAGUUUUAGAGAUGAUGUUUGGAGCGACAUGAUGACAAGUAAGUCUGAAUUCCAGGACCAAAACUUAAAGCAAUACAUCAAGAGACCUAAACAAACAAGCAAAAUAAAUCACUCGGCGAGAAAGGCUAUAUCUUACAGGCAGUAUUUAUUUUACUAUAGUUGUAAGGUAUAUUCAUCACAUUUAGGGCAAGUUGACAAUGGAUGAAAUAGGUUGUUGCAAAUGAAAAGUUAAAACUUAAACACAGUAUUGACCAUUCUAGGUAUAAGCUUUAGCUACUUGGUUUGGGAGCUGACCACAUGAAAUAUAACCCAAGUGAAAAUGCCAUGACUAAAACAUACACGAAAGGAUCAACAAAAUAUUAAAGAGGAACAAUUUUGAAAAUGGAAAAAAACUAACAGCAAGUAGUCUAACUGAUGAACUAGUUACUUCUUUGUUUUGGGGGACUUUGUGACAGGCUACAUUUGAUCUUUGUCACUCCUGGUUUAGCAUUGUUACAAGGAUUAGGUUGGUUACAAAAUUUCAAUAAAUGAAAUUAUGGUUGCAAAAUCUUCCAGGAGCCCUUGUGGUCAAAAGCUGAAAAUUGUGAACAAAUGAAUGCCAGUCAAUAGUGUAUGAAGAUUAUGUAUUAGUAUAUAGCCAAAAAAUUGGCAUUUUUUUUGUAAAUAAAUUAAAAGAACAAUCCCAUAUGCUGGAGCUUUCAUUUCUGGGGUUUAGCAUACCUGCAGGAGGCUGCAGCUAAUAAAUCAUGGUGGCUAAAUGGCAUUUGCAAUGCAGUUCACGUGUCUUGACUCUGCUAUCAUAGUUUGCAUAUGAGAGAGCUCAAGAUUGAAGCAAUACAUUCGGAAAUGAUCAUUUUGUUUCCUGCGAACUUUGCCCAGCAAAUACAGUCAUCACCACUUUUGCUCUUGUGUUUGUUCCAGGAUGAGGUGAUAAAUCCUUUUUUUCUACAAUUGGUGAGUUCAUCAAGCUUGGUUAUUUGUAAUGUGACCUCGCAUGUCAUUUCACUUUUUCAUACUAGUAAAUAUUAUAUCUUUCAUAUGGAUCUAACUGUAUUUGUCUAUAGCAACAAUCACAGGUCCUCACUGGGAAUUGUUGGAGGUGCAGUAUCAGGCCAUGGUGCUGUUACCUUGGUACUUCAAUCACUCUAUUAGGUGUUUUAUUACAAAUAAUUGAAUGAAUAUCUAUUAUAAUUUUGCAAUAAACAUUCUAAAUGCAUAGGAAGUGCACCAGCUAUUGUCUUACAUUCACAUAGGAUCUUUUCUAGUAUUUUAUACAUCUGAAGUUUGUGAAGGACUGCUACAUGGCAGCUUAGAUGUUGGUGAUUUCAGUCUUAUUCAAUUGAUGGGUCCAGUGAACUUCUCACCACUUGGCAUCCAAGAAUUCCUGCACCUACCAGGUGCCUGGUGGUAUCAAUGGUUUUGGACUUGGUUUGGUUUUUUUAGGGCUUUUCAAAUGCCCAUGCCAUGCAUUUUCUUGUAUUGGUGCAAACUUUGCAAUGUAUUGAGAAUUUUGGAAGUGGGUGUUUUUGUCAGGGCUGCGGGUAUUUUAUCAGGAUCAUAACUGGAUUUGAUUUUUGUCUGUAUUUGUUUCUUAUCAAAGAUUCAUCAGAAGAGGGUGAUGUUGAUGGGAAUCAGGUAUUGAAGCUUGGAGCGAAUUGUUACUCUUGUGUUGAUGAUGCAAUCUCAUCCAGGCAGACCAAGUGCAUAAGAUCAGGCUCUCCAGGACGGCUUUUGGUGACAUUAUGCAAAGCCAACAUAUGUGAUGCUUAUUGGAUCCCUCAAAUCUCUUGUACACUCCCACCUAAUGCUUCUCAUCAAGUGGGAGUUGGAGGUUUUGUGCUCAAUGAUAAAAACCAGGUAUGUAUGUCAGUGCAAUGUAAUGUAAAAAGGAAAGAUAAAUACUAUAAUUAUUUUGAUAGGAAGAUUAGGGUGUGCUGCAGCACCUUUUUGGUAAAUCAAAGUGGCUAUUAUAACUUUAAUGCUAGUAAAUUUUGGUGAUUGGACCACUAAAUCUAUCACCUAAUCAAGUGCUAGUGGUACAAGAAAAGUAUGGACAUUUUAGAGGCACAGGUGCAUGGAAGAUUCUAACAGGAGUGAUUCAUCAGAUAUCAGGUUGAUACACAGUUCAUAGAGUUGGUAGGAUUUAGGUGAGGAUUCUCUUUUUUCAGAUAGAGAUACCAAGUAAUGGCAUUCUUCUUCUUAUUUAUCACAAUUUGAAGUUUGUUGUCCUUGGCACACAAGACUAAAUAUUCUUUCCUUUUUGGGAUUUUACAUUGUUUUGAACUCGAGACAUAGCCACCUUGUGGCAUUUGACAAGCCGGAUCUAUUCUUUCUUUGUAUAUUGCGACCAAUUUCAUUUGAAAUUGUUGUGCAAGAGUUAGAAAUUGACAAAGCUCAGGGGAGUCGCUGCUUUUUGCUAAUUACAUAUACUAACUUCAGUUAUCAGAUCCUCGAUCUUGUUUAUAAUUUAGUCCUCAUAUCGUCUGUUGAGUGGAUGCCAUUGGAGGAUUUUGUGUCCCAACUCUACUAUAAGGAACAUUCUAGUCCAAAGAAAAUGCUUGAAAUAUGCAUUGCAAGUUCAAAAGAAAUAUAUUCGGGAUUUUCAACCAUUGAAACAAAGUCAAUGAUUUCCAAUCUUCUAACUAUACCUUGUUACAAUAUUGCAAACAUUAGUUGAUGCAAUUCAUUGCAUGGUUC